AUGAAGUCGCUUGCAAUACUUUUGGUCUUAGUGCUUCAGUCUUUUAAAUCUGGUUAUUCAGCUCAGCUUCACGAGUUGAUGACCGAUGAAGAAAUUCAAUCCGUAUUUCAAAGCAAUCGCGAUAGUGUACCAAAGUAUGAAGUAGUACCGAUUUUGCACUCAAUGAACAAAAAAAAUGUUAAGUAUCCCGAAGUUUACUUCCAUGCUUUUGGAAAUGAUAUAUCGUUGUACUUGUGGCCUGCCGAGGGAUUAUUAUUUGGAAAACACACACCUGUUUAUACGGUACAGAGUGAUAAACUGUCGUCAACAGGCUUACGUUACACAGAGUACGAUGAAUAUGGUAUCUAUUAUGCUUUUCGCGAUGAUAACAAUAAUGCAGCGAUAAUUGUUCGCGAUGGAAUGUACAACAAAUAUAAAUUUGAUGGAACUUUUAACAAAAACUACGUGAUCAGAUCUCUCUCGCCUCGCGUGAUAGAAAAUGUGAUACUUAAAAAUAUAUCAUUCUUCAAAGCAAACUUAUUCCCGACACCUAAUUCGCGUAGUUCAUAUUUUCUGGCUAACCACCACGUUAUAUAUCGGAUGAAUGACACGAAUAUUAAGCUAAAGAAUCCUAGAAAUCUUAUUUUUCCAGACAACCCAGUUGACCAAGAUGCAACACCGUACUUGAAUGGAUACCGUGUUAAUGAUAAUGCAAUAGAUGUUGAAGCUAUGAAGCCUAUGGGAAAGUUUCUGUACAAUGAAACUAAAUUUGGAAAAAAUUCUUAUGACAUUGCUGUCUUGCUUACUAAAUUACAAGUAUGUGAAUGGACUUCACCAAGAAAUGAUAGAUCACAAUGUAUUCCUUUAAGAGGAAUAAGUAACUUUGGAUCAGCAUGUGCGUGGAGUAAGAGCAAUAAAGCGGUUGAAGCCAUCGCAUUUGUACACGACGAAGGAUUCAAUGGAAUUGCUACCGCUGCUCAUGAAUUAGCUCAUGUAUUGGGAGUACCACAUGAUGGUUCAGCGUCAGCUCGUUAUGUAGGGGGCCCUGGAGCUACCAGGUGUAAAUGGGAAGACGGAUAUUUAAUGAGCAGCAAUCGGUUUGACAAAAAAGCAUUCACGUGGUCUAAAUGUACCAAAGAGUGUUUCAAGCAUUUCUUGCAACUACCGAUAGCUAAAUGUCUUUUUAAUAAACCGACGAUGAACAGAGAACUACCGAAGAUUUUACCGGGGACGCUACUGUCUUUAGAUGAACAGUGUGCUGAGGCAGGAGCUCUAGAUGCUUGUCAUCACGACGAACGAGCAUGUACGUUGCUCUUCUGUUCGAGAAAAAAUAACUCUGAUGAUUGUUUCUCCACUGGACCAGCUGCUGAAGGGUCCACUUGUGGCAAUGAGAAGAUUUGCAUUCAAGGACAGUGCGUUAAUAAAAGACAAUGGAGAACUCCCGGUAUUAAACAUUAA